AUGGCGUUGGCUUGCCUCCGCCUCCUCGACCGCUACGGUCUCCUCCUGUCGCCGGCGCUCUCCGCGACGGCGCUGCGGUCCUCGCGAGGCCUGCGCGCGCUCUGCACGCUCUCCACCACGCUGCGGUCCGGCGCCGGCGAGGACGAGAUCGAGCGCAUCCGCCGCGAGUUCGAGGACGCCAAGCGCAACUACCUCAGCAUCCCCGCCGCCAUCAAGGGCAUGCCCAAGAUGAACCCGCAAGGCAUUUACGUCAACAAGAACGUCAAGCUGGGCGACCUCCAGGUCUACGGCUUCGACUACGACUACACGCUGUCGCACUACUCCGAGCACCUGCAGUGCCUCAUCUACGAUCUUGCCAAAAAGCACUUGGUCAAUGAGUUGAAGUAUCCGGAGAGUUGCUUGCAGUACGAGUAUGACCGCACCUUUCCCAUCAGGGGUCUGUACUAUGACAGACUUAAAGGGUGCCUUCUCAAGCUCGAUUUCUUCGGCUCUAUUGAACCAGAUGGUUGCUUCUUUGGGCGGCAGAGGCUGAGUUUGAGUGAGAUAAAAGAGCUCUAUGGCACACGUCAUAUUGGCAGAGAUCAAGCUCGUCACCUUGUUGGGCUGAUGGAUGUCUUCUGUUUUAGUGAGGCAUGUCUGAUUGCCGAUAUUGUUCAGCACUUUAUAGAUGCAAAACUGGAGUUUGAUCCAUCUUAUGUAUACGAGGAUGUAAACAAAUCGAUUCAGCAUGUUCACAGAAGUGGUUUAAUUCACAGGCAAAUUCUUUCUGAGCCUCAGAAAUUUCUGAUAAAAAAAAGCCAGGUGUUCCGUUUCUUGAAGAUGCUUAAAGAGAAAGGGAAAAAGCUAUUUCUUCUUACUAAUUCACCUUUCUACUUUGUAGAUGGAGGGAUGCGUUAUUUGCUAGAGGACCAACAUUUUGAUGGAAAUUCCUGGAGGGAACUGUUUGAUGUUGUGAUUGCGCUGGCAAAUAAACCAACUUUCUAUAACUCAGAUCACCCGUUCAGGGUGUAUGACACUCAAAAGGACACCUUAGCUUUUACUGCAGUUGACAAGUUUCUGCCAGAUCAAGUAUACUACAAUGGCUGUUUGAAAUCAUUUCUGCAGAUCACAAAAUGGAGAGGCCCAGAGGUGAUAUAUUUUGGUGACCAUCUUUUGAGUGACUUGAGAGGACCUUCAAAAGCUGGUUGGCGAACAGCGGCUGUAAUUCGAGAACUUGAGGAUGAAAUAGAAAUCCAAAACGGUGACAGCUAUCGAUUCCAACAGGCAAAAUUGAGUAUAAUACAUGAUCUACUUGGGAAAGUCCAUGCAACUGUGGUUAGCACCGAGAAAGGCCAAGUCUAUAGAGCAUUGCUCGAUGAGUUGAAUGCAGAAAGACGACAAUGUCGAUCUGGGAUGCGAGAUUUGUUCAAUAGCUCUUUUGGUGCAACAUUUCUUACAGACACUGGAAGGGAAUCAUCAUUUGCCUAUCACAUUCAUCAAUACGCUGAUAUUUACACGAGCAAGCUUGAGAACUUCUUAUCAUAUGCCCCUGAAUCUUGGCUUCAUCCACCUCAUGACAUAAAGAUCAUGCCACACAAUGCGAAGGUCCCAGCAAGCCUGUUCAGUACCUCCUAG